UCAACAAAUAACUAAAUAUGUUGUAAUAAAUACAUCCACUAUAUAAGAUGGUUUGAUCCAGCAAACAAGCGCAGUUGAGAUUGGCGCGUCUUACUAUCAGAUCUAAAAUGAAACUGUUCGUUGUCUUCGCGUUGGUAGCUGUGGCGGGCGCUGCGGCGCAGCAAAGGGCUCCACGACAAAACAUAAUUCGAUCUGCUAUCAACCUAUUGCGGUCUACUUCGGAUAACGACGGACUCGGAAAUUAUGCCUUCGCAUACGAGCAAGAUAACGGACAGAAACAGGAAGAGCAGGGUACAUUGAAGAACGCUGGAACAGACGACGAGGCGCUUUCCGUAAAGGGUACAUACGAGUGGGUGGGUCCCGAUGGCGUGACUUACACCGUCAACUACGUCGCUGACGAGAACGGAUACCAGCCCACCAUCGAACAGGGCCCCGGAGGUGGAGUGCCCCCCGGUGUUGUCGCUUCGCUGCUGGGUUAAGCCGUUAUACAAAAAAAGUCAAAACUAGUCCAA